AUGAAUUCAUCAAACAUGUCUGUACGAACGGCAGCCCUCUUAGCUUUAUCUCAAGAUAUAACAGCUCUCAUAUCGCUCACCCUAGAAGCGGUGCUCUCAUUCGUCAAUAUCUUUUACCGAUCGAUUCUUCAGAUUUUGGGAUACGAAAGAAGGAUAUAUAUUGAUCGUGAUAGGAGAAUAAGGAGUGAGAGUGGUAGAGGAUGUGGAGUGGUUGUUCUAGGUGCUAAUGAAGCUGCCGGUCAAAGUCUCACCCUCCAUUUAGCUAAAAUAGGUUAUACCGUAUUUCCUUUGAUUCCAUUACCAUCACCAUCUUCACCACCUACAUCAUCGGCUUUGACGCAUCUGCUACUUACCUGGUCAGGCGUUCAAAAGAGAUUAAGAGCAAGAUAUCCAGGUCAUCCAGGUGGUGUAGUACCUGUUAUCAUCGAUCCAGAAGGUAUCUCCAACGAUCUAUCAACCUUCGCAACUAGAGGUGAUCUGAAAAAACCUGAAAGAAGAGGAGGUGGCGUGGGUCAAGCAGGAGGAGAGAAUACGGAAAGUAGAUUCGGUCAUGCAGGUGAAACUGUCAAAGCAUAUUGUAAAGAGAACAAUCUUAGUCUAGUAGCUAUAGUUUGUACAUCAAGAAAACCAAAAUUGAUAUCCACAACACCCAGUAAUACCAAAACGGUCAAUAGUGAUCAAGUUGGAGGAGAUAACUCACUAGAUAUGAAAGGAAUAGGAUUCGACAAAAGCGUGGAAACCUCUACCUCUUCUAGUAUAUCGAUGUUAUCAGAAGGAGGAUCAUCGAAAGAAACAAUUGAUCAAUUGAUGAUCAACGAAAACUCCAUGACUAAAUCAUCUACACCACCUACGCUUCCACCGUCAGCAUUGACUCUCACAGAUGAAUCAACAUUGAUCUCUCUGUGGAGAUCGAACAUCUUAGAUCCGUUGGCUAUCGUCAAAGAGUUGACUGAUCUUUUGGCGAUCCCAGCUUCACUAGGUCAUCCUAAGGCAAGGAUCGUUUUUGUCGGUGGUGAAAAUGGUAGAAUAGUAGAUAUAAAUGAUGAGUCAAAUCAAAUUCUCUUCUCGGGUGGGGCAGAUGCGAGAGCAGAAGGCGCUAUGAAAGUAAUCCAAUGUGCAAGAAAGGAAAUGAUUAAUAUCAUGAGAAACGAAAUGAGUAUCGUUGGCGUUGACGUUUGUGAAGUCCUCGUUGGCCCAAUGUCAUCUCGAUUAGGAACUACAGGAUAUCACCUUCGACAUUCAAUUGAAGAUAGCAAUGAAGGAGCUUCGGCUAUUCUUGGUGAUACAUUGAAAAGAUCAAGUGCAUUUCCGGGACUCAGCUCGCCAGGGGGUCCAAGAAGGUCUAAAGAAGCUAUCUUAUCAUCUCGCUUACAACUCUUGUCUCGUCUAUGGGCAGUUGACGAUGCCCUUCUAUUCUCAUCAGUCAGAAGGGCUAUAGAAGAUCCUUACGCGAGAUACAUCCAUCGAGCUGGUAUUUCUCCCCUAAUCAAUGAAUUGCUACUUCACCUACCUUUUGGUAUAGGAACCACAUUCACCAAUAUGGGAGGGAAAGUAGUGAAGAAAGUAUUGGAGGUUGAUUGGGUCCUGAGAGAAAGGGUUAGGAACGGAGGUUGGGAAGGGAAAGGCUAUAAAGCUAAGGAAGUUCAAUAA